AUGUGUCUUCUUUCUCUCUCUCUAGGUUUGGCCAUUCUUCUGAGUGCUCAGUUGGGUUCUGCCUACCAGCUGAUGUGCUAUUAUACCAGGUGGGCCAAGGACCGGCCUGAUGUGGGGAGUUUCAAACCUGGUGACAUUGACCCUUACCUGUGUACUCACAUAAUCUAUGCCUUUGCUGAGAUUCAGAACAAUGAGAUCAUCCCAAAAAGCCCAGAGGACUUGAAGGAGUAUGAAGCUAUAAAUAAUCUGAAAACCAGGAACAUGGAGUUGAAAACUCUCCUGUCCGUUGGAGGCUCAGAUUUUGGAUCUAUGACGUUCAGUGCCAUGGUGUCUACUGCUUACAACCGUCAGACUUUCAUUAAGUCAGUCAUCAAAUUCCUGCGCCAUAACAGUUUUGAUGGGCUGAACCUGGACUGGCAGUACCCGGCAUCUCGUGGAAGCCCACCUAAGGACAAGCAUCUCUUUAGUCUCCUGGUGAAGGAGAUUCGUGAAGCUUUUGAGAAUGAAUCCUUAGAACAGCACAAGACUAGGCUGUUAAUCACUGCCACAGUAGCUGGAAUCAUCAAGAUCAUUGAGGAUGGGUACAAGAUCCCUGAUCUGUCACAAUCCCUUGAUUACUUUCAGGUCAUGACAUAUGAUCUCCAUAGCUACCAGGAUGGCUACACUGGAGAAAACAGUCCCCUCUACAAACAUCCAGAGGACCAUGGCAUUUAUGCCUACCUCAAUAUGGAUUACAUCAUGACCUAUUGGAAGAACCAUGGAGCUGAUCCUAAGAAGCUCAUUGUUGGAUUCCCAGCCUAUGGACAAACCUUCACACUGAGUGACCCAUCUAACAAUGGAAUUUAUGCCCCUACCAUUGGCGCUGCACCUCCAGGGAAGUACACAAAUAAAGCAGGAUUAUGGGCCUACUAUGAGAUUUGCUACUUCCUGAAUUAUGGAGCCACUGAGGAAGGGAAUGCUGCUCAGGAAGUACCCUACGCUUUUAAGGACAGAGAAUGGGUUGGCUAUGAUAAGCCCAACAGCUUCCAGAUGAAGGCUCAGUGGCUCAAGGAGAACAACUUUGGAGGUGCCAUGGUCUGGCCUCUGGACAUGGAUGACUUCACUGGUUCAUUCUGUAACCAGGGAAAGUUUCCUCUGACCACUACCUUAAAGAAAGAGCUCAAUGUCCAGAGUCAAAGUAAGUGA